AGUCUGCCCCAGAUCACGUUUGCCACUAGCAGCCAACCAGUCGGGCCCAGGUCCGCGGGCAAGAAGCGAUUGGGGGCGAGUGAGUUCAGCCCCACGGUCCCCCGUCCGGGUCCCCCCCGCCCGGGCCCGAGGCGGUAUAUCCUGCCCUCCCCGGCCACCUACCCCUCGGGGAAGCGGAGCGGCGGCCUCGCUGUAACGCAGAGGCGAAAUGUAGCGAGCCGGGUGUCGCGGCUGGACGCUCGCCUUGGCCGGGGGUGCGGGGGGGUGGGGGGCGCGCACGCCUGGGGCCGAGGAGGACUGCCGAGGAGGAGUGAUGAGAAGAGGGGGAACCCUGCACCCCCCGAGACCACGGGUCCCUGCUGCCACUCGCCAGGCGCCCCCCUUCCUCCCAAGCGAGAGGCAGGUGUUCCGCACAGAUUCUCGUGACUUUAAGGACCAGGGAUUCAACGCGGGACGAGGUCUUCCCAGGAAGGAAGGAAAUCUCUGGAGGAGAGGGGAAGGGCGGCAGACACUGCCCUGGGACCACAGAGCCCUAGGAGCUGUGGGAAGCUGAGGGAGCCGCAGCCGCGGCUGCCUUCUCAAGGAUUUGAACUCAAGCUACUUUUCAUGACAGAAGGGCCACCUAAGAGGCCGCCCCAGACUUGGCUGGGCUCUUCUACUCUGGAUGCCCCCUGCCCUGAGGAACCUGCCGCUCAGAACCAAAGAAGAUAAGGGGCUAGAUAAGUUGCCCCCGAGCACAGCGCUGGCCGGCCGGAGUCAGGCACCUGCACCCCUAGCGGCUGGCUGCAGAGCCUGGUGAGGAGUUUCUUGUUUCCUUCCAGCUCGCCGCUUCAGUGCUUGAUGGGGCUGCCUGUCGGUGGAGCAGUUUUUGCAGCGCCCGGUAGGAGCAGAGAGCCGCGGGAAGAGGUCCCGCGGCACCCAAGCCUGGGUUCACCCCAAGACUAAGUUCUUUCCCAACUUAGAAAGGGAGAGAGAAAGCAAACAAAAAGAGCGAGAGAGAAGAAGUUCUCCCUUCCCCUCCUCCCUUCCCGUCAUGUCCUCUAAGCCAGAGCCGAAGGACGCCCACCAGCUGAACGGGACUGGCCCUACUCCCUCACCUUGCUCUUCCGAUGGCCCCGGGCGAGAGCCCUUGGCUGGGACCUCAGAGUUCCUGGGGCCUGAUGGGGCUGGGGUGGAGGUGGUGGUGAUUGAGUCCCGGGCCAACGCCAAGGGGGUUCGGGAGGAGGACGCCCUUCUGGAGAACGGGAGCCAGAGCAAUGAAAGCGACGACGUCAGCACGGACCGUGGCCCCGCACCACCCUCCCCUCUCAAGGAGACCUCCUUUUCCAUCGGGCUGCAAGUGCUGUUUCCCUUCCUCCUGGCAGGCUUUGGGACUGUGGCUGCUGGCAUGGUGCUGGACAUCGUGCAGCACUGGGAAGUCUUCCAGAAGGUGACAGAGGUCUUCAUCCUGGUGCCUGCGCUGCUGGGGCUUAAGGGGAACCUGGAAAUGACCCUGGCAUCGAGGCUGUCCACUGCAGCCAACAUUGGGCACAUGGACACACCCAAGGAGCUCUGGCGGAUGAUCACGGGGAACAUGGCCCUCAUCCAGGUGCAGGCCACGGUGGUGGGCUUCCUGGCAUCCAUCGCAGCCGUUGUCUUUGGCUGGAUCCCUGACGGCCACUUCAGCAUCCCGCACGCCUUCCUACUGUGUGCCAGCAGUGUGGCCACGGCCUUCAUCGCCUCCCUGGUACUGGGUAUGAUCAUGAUUGGAGUCAUCAUUGGCUCCCGAAAGAUUGGAAUCAACCCAGACAAUGUGGCCACGCCCAUUGCCGCCAGCCUGGGUGACCUCAUCACCUUGGCACUGCUCUCAGGCAUCAGCUGGGGACUCUACCUGGAGCUGGAUGACUGGCAAUACAUCUACCCCCUGGUGUGUGCCUUCUUCGUGGCCCUGCUGCCUGUCUGGGUGGUGCUCGCCCGACGGAGCCCAGCCACAAGGGAGGUGUUGUACUCAGGCUGGGAGCCCGUCAUCAUUGCCAUGGCCAUCAGCAGUGUGGGAGGUCUCAUCUUGGACAAGACUGUCUCGGACCCCAACUUUGCAGGGAUGGCCGUCUUCACGCCUGUGAUUAAUGGUGUCGGGGGCAAUCUGGUGGCCGUGCAGGCCAGCCGCAUCUCCACUUUUCUGCACAUGAACGGGAUGCCAGGGGAGAACUCGGAGCAAGCCCCCCGCCGCUGCCCCAGUCCUUGCACCACCUUCUUCAGUCCUGAUGUGAAUUCUCGCUCGGCCCGGGUCCUCUUCCUCCUUGUGGUUCCAGGACACCUGGUGUUCCUCUACACCAUCAGCUGUAUGCAGGGCGGGCACACCACUCUUACGCUCAUCUUCAUCAUCUUCUACAUGACAGCUGCCCUGCUCCAGGUGCUGAUUCUCCUGUACAUCGCGGACUGGAUGGUGCACUGGAUGUGGGGCCGGGGCCUGGACCCAGACAACUUCUCCAUCCCGUACUUGACAGCUCUGGGGGACCUGCUUGGCACUGGGCUCCUAGCACUCAGCUUCCAUGUCCUCUGGCUCAUUGGGGACCGAGACACAGAUGUUGGGGACUAGCCUGGUCACUCAACCUUUUCCCCCACCCCUCCUGCACUUUCUGUUUGAGUUUUUUCUUUUGUUCCCCUUCCCCCAGCCCCACUCCACACUCCCACCUCUUUCUAGGGACUUCACUUUGAUACUGAAUUCUCAUUAUUUUCAAUGGGAAUUUUUAUACAUUGAGCCAAGUUUGUAUAGCAAGAAUUCAGACAGGACAGAUGGACUGAGAUGAGCAGUACAAGUAGAUUUUUGAGACAAUCACCAAGUGCAAUUUCCUGGUGGGUGCCUCCAGGCGAUGUGGAUUGGGGCAGGGGUUUCUGUCUGGGAUCUGGGGGCAUCUGGUUUAGCUUUAGCAAACUCGGUCAUGGCCCUAAUGAGAAACCCUUUGUAAGUGGGUUCUGGUUUUUUGGGUUUCUUUUCCUUCUUUUUUUUUCAUUUUGAUUGAACAGAGAGAUAAAUAUCAUUCCCCCCUCCCCACCCCCGUUCCUCCAAAACACACACAUAUUUUUUUCUAUAAACGGACCAACUUCAAAGCACUAGGAAGGAGAUAGCUGCUCCUGGCCCUGUGUAAUCCUAACCCUAUUCUCUCUCGGUCCCAAAAAGAGUGAGGCAGACUGACUAUUCAAAUUGUACACACACCCCUUACCCAGCUGUCUGAUAAACACCACCAACCCCUCCCUUUGAUCUUUUUCCAAUUGAUUGUCACAUCCGGGAAGAAAUGAGUAGGGGCCUGGUCUUCCUGUUGACCCGUGUCCACCAACAGGUUUACCAAGAUCUACAUCCUCCCUGGGCCCAGAGGACCGAUUGUUUAUCUCUGUUUAAUCUUUGUGUCUAAUUGUCUCUCAACACCACCUUUUCCAGAGCUUUCCAGGUUGGGUUCCAAGAUUAGGGACAGGGAAUGAGUAUGUGGAGGGUGGCUGGGAGGUGGAGGGCGGCCGGGGUGGCUCACUGUCGCUGUUUCUCCCAAGGGCAUUUCACAUCGUCACCUUCGACUCUGUCCCUUCCUGACAUCACUCAUGCCGUCCUGCUGUGGAGGGUCUUCUCUCUUGGCUUCUGCCCUCAUUCAUCAUCCAUCCAUUCAUUCGCUCAUUCAUUCACUCAUUCAACAAAUACACAGCCUCCCCAAGAGGAGCUCAUGUGCAGGCCUGGUCUGAAGCAUUCACUGAGCUAUACUGAUGGAGGGCCGAGCACAUGUUAGGAACCAUGCCGGCGGUCAGGGAAACGGCUCUAAGCUCCCCUGCUUCCCCGACACAAAGGCCGUGUGCCCCUUCCAGGGUGACAGAGAAAGCUUCCUCGCUGGAAGUGUUUCCAUCUGUGUCAUCAGGCCAGGCGCUGCCUCUAGAUCCCGCCUCCGUGCAGUGCUGACCCCAGCUAGAGCCCCCAGCCCCACUGCUCAGCCAGCAGGUCACUUCCCUAAACCAGCCUUCCUCACCUUUUCUUCCCCCUGCCAGCCACCCAAAAGACGAUUCCGACCUGGUAGGCUGGGCGUCACCAGCUGCUGCUCCUCUGCUCUGCCUAGUGCAAGACCUGGGGAACACGGGAGCCUCCCCAUCCGCCCCCGCCCAUUACGCUGACCAGAUCGGAAAUCUGUCCACACUCACGUGUGUGCAGAGCCAAGCGUUUGGAUGCAGGCUUCUUCUAGCCUCUCUCUCCCCCGCCCCCAUAAACCCUCCUCUCUCUAGCCGGAAGGGCCCGCCUCCAGCAGCAGGCUAGGCACUAACCCUGUGUCUUCCCAACACCAGGUCUCAUCCCAGGAACUCAGCCUGUACCUCCGGAGACUAUCUUUUCUGUCCCUCCAUUUCCGCCCAGGCCACUUUCUGGAGUCUUAGAACUGGAAGGAACCGUGGGGGGGGGGGGGGGGGGGUUAUCUAGCUGGGGCCGGGUCUGGCAGAGUUCAUUAACACCAGCCUUGUUUCUGCUCUUCCCUCAGGCCCUCUUUUAUCCUGCCCUCCACCUCCAGACACAUUUGCACACAGACUCUUCUUGUACAGGCACCAAAACCAAGUCCUCUGCCCCCAAGGCUGUGCCCCUGUGUUCCCCGGUCACCCCUGCCCCCAGUCACUCACCCCUUCCUCGUCCCUGGAGUUCAGCCAGGCCGCCCUGGAGACUCGGGAGCAUCCUCCUUUGCUGAAAAAGCAGGAAGGUAGGCGUGCCCCAAGCCCUCAGUGUGUGAGCAGAGGGAGGACUGUGGGAUGAAAGGGAAAGAAAAUGAAGCGGACUUUCCCGGAAGACUCGUUUCUUUUCCCCUGAUUGCACAAACUGCAUGUCAUUUUGGCCUGGCUGAGAGGAGCAACAUUGGUUUACUCUUGUAUCCUUAAAGAGUUACAGAACUGUGUCUUAAGAGGAUUAUUUAUAGUUACUAUAACUGAAUUGACAAAUGUCAACGUAACUGAUAAAUUAUAUUUGGUAAAAUAAAGAGGACGUUUAUUUA